UUAGUGUAAAUCAAAAACGCACUACGAAUUUUUACCAUUUGUAGAGUUACAAUUUUGUACUAAAAAUUGCAACUUUAGUACUAAUAAUAUUGAAGGAAGCCAUAUUAAUUUAUAUUGCUUCCUCUGCAAAUCAUUAUUUUCUUGUCGUUCGUCGUGUAUGGUUGCUGAUCGCAGUGCUACGGAGAGUGUUUGUGAAUUAAAGUAAAAUAUAUACAUAAUCAAGAAAAAAACAAUAUGGAAACUGCUACUAGGAAUGAAAAUGCAGGUCCGUUGCCUCAACGACCACAAAAGAAUCAAAAUAAAAAUUUAAAGAAACCUACUGAUGCAGUUGAUAAUGGUCCAUCUGAAAAAAAGCCACGUUUUAACCAAGGGGGUGGACCAAACGCUGGCGCUGGUGGCGGCAAUCAGAACAAAGGUAAUGCUCAAGGAAAUGCAAUGAAUAAAAAUUUUGGUGGAAAUCGCAAUCGCGGCGGCGGAGGAAACCGUGGUGGACAGCAAAAUAGAAAUUUCCAAAAUCAGCAGAAUCAAAACCAGAAUCAGCAAAACCAAAAUCAACCAAACCAGAACCAAAACCAGAAUCAACCCAAUCAAAAUCAGAAUCAACCAAACCAGAACCAGAACCAGAAUCAACAAAAUCAAAAUCAACAAAACCAAAAUCAACAAAACUCAAAUCAGAACCAAACUGAUAUAAAGACACCGCUAAUGGGUGGUAACCAAGAUGGUGGCAAUCAAGAUAAUAGGUCUCAACAUCAAAACCAGAAUCAAAACCGCAACCGCGGCGGUGGUGGUGGUGGUCGUAAUCGUGAUCGUGAUCACAGCCGUGGUGGUGGUGGACGUGGUGGUAACCAAGGUAAUCAAAGUGGAAUUAUGGGACGUAAUGAUGAAUUUCAUAUUGGUCAAAGAUUGCGUGCAAUUGCGGGUCCUACCCAUGAGUUACCAACACUUGAAACUGCAUCAGCUGAGCCCAAGUUCUCUGGACGUAAUCGUUUAUAUGUUGGUAAUCUCACAACCGAUACAACAGAAGAAGAUCUAAUUGAAAUCUUUAAACCAUAUGGUGAAAUUGGAGAAAUCUUUUCAAAUCCUGAAAAGAAUUUCACAUUUUUAAAAGUUGAUUAUCACUCAAAUGCUGAGAAAGCUAAACGUGAAUUGGAUGGAUCCAUGCGUAAAGGUCGUGCAAUGCGUGUACGUUUUGCUCCAAAUGCAACUAUAUUACGUGUUCGAAAUUUAACACCAUUUGUUUCAAAUGAGUUACUUUAUAAAGCAUUUGAAAUAUUUGGUCCAGUAGAACGCGCUAGUAUUGUUGUUGACGAUCGUGGUAAAUCAACCGGUGAAGGUAUUGUUGAAUUCGAAAAGAAAUCAACAGCCAACUCUUGCUUACGUUUGUGUAACGAUAGAUGUUACUUUUUGACCACAUCAUUACGUCCUUGUGUUGUUGAACCAAUGGAUAUUAAUGAUGAUACUGAUGGUUUGCCUGAAAAAUCAUUAAACAAGAAAACACAAGAAUUCCAUCAUGAACGUAAUGUUGGUCCACGUUUUGCUGAUGUUGAUUCUUUUGAACAUGAGUACGGUACUAGAUGGAAGCAGUUACAUGAACUCUUCAAAUCUAAGCAAGAAGCGCUUAAGCGUGAACUUAAAAUGGAAGAGGAGAAGUUGGAUGCUCAAAUGGAGUAUGCACGCUAUGAACAUGAAACUGAAUUAUUAAGACAAGAAUUGCGUAAACGUGAGUCUGAUAAUGAACGCAAGAAAAUGGAAUGGGAAUUGCGUGAGAAACAAGCUGAAGAUAUGCGCAAGCGCGAUGAAGAAAAUAUGCGCCGUCAGCAAACUGAAAUGCAAUCUCGUAUGAUGCGUCAGGAAGAAGAAAUGCGUCGUCGCCAACAAGAGAAUACAUUAUUCAUGCAAGCACAACAGCUGAAUACAUUACUAGAUCAGCAAGAAGUUGGCUUUAAUUUGAAUGGUAAUAAUUUUGAUAAUAACUUUGGCGGUGCUAACAACUCACCAUUUGAGUUUAGAGGAAAUAACGCUAAUAGUAGCAACAAUUGCGGUCCAAAUGGUGGACAAAAUAAUCAGGAUCCGUUUACAUUUGAGUUUGGUGGUAACAACCAAAACCAAGCUGGUCAAGGAAAUCGUGGUGGCAACAACGGCGGAAAUAAUAACAAUAACAAUCCAUGGGAACGAAGACGGCGUUUCUGAGAUUCACCAUUACCUUGAAUGGAACCCUAUAAACUAAAUUUAUUUAACAUUUCCAAAAUCUAGAAAAACAAAAAUAAUGAAAUCAACCAACAAUUCAAGAUUUCAGUCAAAAAAACUAAAAGUUAAUGCAAUAUUUGAACAAAGUACGUUAUAUUGCUACAUAAUCUAUGUAGUAAUAUAUAAUCUCUUGAUCUUCGUAUAGUACGCAAAUUUUUUUUUAUUAUUCACGUGUACAGCAGAAUAAAUUUUGUAUCUGCAAACUACAUAUAAAAAUUAAAAUUAAAUUUCAUUAAAUAAUAGGCGGACUUCGUUAUUGAAGAAGUCUAAGAUCAUUUAGUAGAUCUCUGUUCGUGUUCAUGUGUUAUAUUUCAUUACUACACAAUUAUUCAACAAAACAUUAAUAUAUUAAUUAAUACAUAAUAUAUUAACACAACAGAUAAUUAUUAUCCAAACUUUAAUCUUAAACUUUAGCAUAUAUACUAGAUAAAAAAAACUUAAGUAUUCAUUCUUCUUAGCGGUAAUAUUAAUAUAAGUAAUACUUUUAAAUGAUAUAACACAGAAUGGUUAUAGUUAUUAACCAAUUUACUCUAAACAGUAUGAAGCACAUAUUUUAAACAUAAAUUUAUAUAAUUUAUAUCUUUUAUCUUUUACAUUGGAAUGGUUUGACUAUAGCUAGGCUAUAUUAAUUUAAACCAAUUAAUCUCAGUUAUUAGUAAAUUGGUUUAUAACUUAACAAAAA